AUGUAUGAAAAAAUCAUAGCAGCAACCAAGGAUUUUGAUGCCAAUCACUUCAUUGGGAAAGGCGGUUAUGGAAGUGUUUACAAAGCUGAGUUAUCACCAGGGAAUAUUGUAGCAGUUAAGAAAAUUCACUCUAUGUAUACAGGUGAUAUAGCCAAUCAAAAAGAUUUAUUGAGUGAAAUAAGGGUGCUGACAGAGAUAAAGCAUCGAAAUAUCGUGAAAUUUUUUGGUUUUUGUUCACAUCCUCGACAUUCAUUCUUAGUCGAUGAGUAUCUUGAGAGGGGUAGCUUGGCUGCAAUUCUGAGCAACGAAGCAAGAGCAGUAGUACUGGAUUGGAAUAAGAGAGUGAAUGUCAUAAAAGGUGUGGCUCAUGCCAUGUCUUACAUGCACCAUGAUUGCUUCCCACCAAUUGUCCAUCGCGACAUAUCAAGCAAGAACGUGCUGCUAGAUAUGGAAUAUGUAGCUCAUGUCUCAGAUUUUGGAACUGCUAAGCUUCUCAAGCUAGACUCAUCUAAUUGGACUCAACUUGCAGGCACAUAUGGAUACAUUGCACCAGAGCUUGCUUACACAAUGGAGGUGACCGAGAAACGUGAUGUGUAUAGCUUUGGGGUGUUGGCAUUGGAAGUCAUCCUAGGGAAGCAUCCUAGAGAUAUUCUCGCCCCAUUUUCAUGUUCAUUUGCAAACAUGAACAUAGAGCUUGAUGAUAUGUUGGAUCCAAGGCUUCCAUUUCCCUCCCUAGAAGUUCAGAACAAAUUGAUUUCCAUCAUGGAUGUGGUCUUUUUAUGCUUAGAUGCAAAUCCACAGUCUAGACCGACCAUGCAAAUUGUGUCUCAUCUUUUGUGCAACUAAAUCUUGUCA